AUGGAGACAUUUGACCAGAAGCUUGCUUCAAGCUGGUUUGAUGUUCAAUCUGUUCCCCAAACCUAUGUCCACCCACCAGAAAAGCGGCCUGGCAACACUGUCGGCGUUCCUCCUUGCAAGAACAUUCCAGUAGUUGAUCUUGGCAACGAUGAUCGCAGUCACACAAUUCAACAAAUUUCCAAAGCUAGCCAAGACUUCGGAUUUUUCCAGGUCAUCAAUCAUGGGGUUUCCAAGAAGUUGAUUGAUGACACAAUGAGUGUUUCCAAGGAGUUUCAUGCAAUGCCCCGAAAAGACAAGAUAAUCGAAGGCUCAAAGGACCCUACCGGAAGCUACAAGUUCUACACAAGCAGUGAAAACUAUGCGAAUGAAGAGCUUCACUACUGGAGAGAUGCAUUGGCUCACCCCGCUCAUCCUUCUGAAAACAACAUUCAGUUUUGGCCUCAAAAUCCUACUCGAUACCGAGAAGUUUUAAAAACUUACGCGGAGGAGGUAAGAAAGUUGGGUUCUAGGAUUUUGGAGAUGCUUGCUGAAGGGUUGGGACUGAGCAAAGAGUUCUUCAAUGGUGGACUUAGUGAAUAUCCACGGCUGCUGUCCAACCACUAUCCGCCGUGCCCAGAUCCUAGUUUAACUUUGGGAUUAGCGAAACACCGUGAUCCGAGCCUCAUUACCAUUUUACUGCAAGAUUCAGAAGGACUCCAAGUCUUCAAAGAUGGGAAUUGGAUUGGUGUUGAGCCUAUUUCUAGUGGCUUUGUUGUUAACAUAGGUUACGUCAUGCAAAUGAUCAGCAACUCGAAGUUUAAAGGCGCUGACCAUCGAGCCGUGACAAAUUCAAGAGCUGCAAGGACAACGGUUGCGUACUUUAUUUAUCCGUCUAAUGAGACUGUUAUAGAACCUGCAAAAGCUUUGUGCAAUCCACCACUGUACAAAUCCAUGACGUUUACAGAGUUCCUUCAAUACUUCAAAUCGAAAGCUGCCAACGACGAAGAACUGUCAAAGGUUUUAAGCCUCUCGGGGAGCUAA